AUGGCUAUCUUAUCUUCGAAUAGCGUUGAAAGUCGAAUCGUUUAUGGAACUGUUGGAGGUAUGCCAUUAUCUCAAUAUGAUAAUAUUCGAUUUAUCAAUGGAAAAAUCUUUAAUGAAAAUAGCAAUGAUGAUGAAGAAGAAAAUCAUGGAGAAUAUUUUCAUACAAAACGAAAAAGUGAACUAUUAUCAUCAUUAUAUGGUUUACCAUAUGCUCUUGUCGGAAAACGAAAUGCAGAAUAA